AUGGGGAUCCGUAGCGCGACAAACAUGCUCAUGGAGCUCAGGAAGACGUGCCAGCACCCGUACCUGUCCGACCCGAGCCUGGAGCGUCUCGACCUCACCGAUGAGGAGCAGCACAAGCGUCUGACCGAUGCGAGCGGUAAGCUGCUCUUCCUGAAGCAGCUCCUGCCAGAGCUGAAGCGGAGAGGCCACCGCGUCCUACUCUUCUCACAGUUCAAGAUCGCUUUAGACAGGAUCGAGGACUUUCUCUGGGGCGAGGGGUACAAGUACCUCCGCUUGGACGGCAAUGUGUCGCAACUGAAGCGCCAGAAGGACAUGGACCGGUUCAACGACCCGAACAGCGAGGAGUUUAUCUACCUGCUCACGACGCGCGCAGGCGGUGUGGGCAUCAACCUCGCCACGGCCGAUACUGUGAUUAUCUUCGACCCCGACUUCAACCCGCACAUGGACCUGCAGGCCAUUUCACGUUCACAUCGGUACGGACAGACGAAGCGCGUGCUCGUGUUCAAGCUCAUGACGGGAAUUGAGGAGCAGAUUAUUAACAAGGGCAAGAAGAAGAUGGUGCUCGACCACCUCGUCGUGCAGCAGAUGGGCAAGGAGACGGAGGAGGGUGAGGUCGACAAUCUGAUCCUGUACGGAGUUCAGGAGAUUAGGAAGGAGGAGGCCAUGGACGAGACGGCGCAGAAGUGGACGCAGCAGAAGAUUGAGGAUCUCAUCGAUGGGGCAGAGAAGGAGGCCGAGGAGAUGGCCAAGGCUGAGGCUGAGGCUGAAAAGGCUGCUGAGGAGGCCGGAGAAGGAGGGGAGGGAGGGGAGAAGCCGAAGAAGCCCGGAGAGACUAUGGGAUUCUCGUUCGCUCGUGUCUGGGAGACGAAGGACAGUGGCCUCAAGGACGUCGAGGAGGGAGACGACGACGUCGAGCUCGACGACAACAUGUGGGCCGCCUUUGUGGCUGAGCGCGAGGCGGCGGAGGCCGAGCGUCAAAAGGCGCAAGAAGCGGAAGCCGGUCGCCGUCGGAGGGCAGCCAAGCUCGCCAUCAACUACUCCCUCUUCGACGAGUCCCCUAGGAAGGCCAAGAAGAAGGACAAGGGCAAGGGAAAGAAGGCCGCCCUGGUCGAUUCGGAUGGCGAGGAGAUCGUGUACCCCGAUGCCGGCGGGGACGACGCGAGCGACACGGACUAUGUCGCGCCGACGGGCCCUCCGUCUGACGACGAGGACGAAUUCGACCUUCUGCCCGACAACACGGACGACCUCAGCUACGAGCUCGAGCGGCACUAUGCCGGAAUUGUGAACGGCGCGCCGCACUUGACCAAAUCGGAGAAGAGGGCAUUGCGCGAGCAACGCGCGAGGGAGCUGUCUCUGCAGCCGCCGCCAUCUGCUGCUCCUCAGCCCCCGUCUCAGCCGGCCCAGAGUUCUCAGGCUAUCCAACCUGCACAAACGCAGCAGGCCGUCCGUCCGCCACCACAAGUGCCCGAACAACGGCAGUCGCCAGUGUUCGACGCUGUCGUGGCGGAGCAGUUCAUCAGCCGUGCGCGCCUGGUCCUACGCUCGCUGCACACCGAACUGAACAUUGCGUCCAAGCCCGAGCUGCGCGUCAUGUGGGACGCGCUGUGCAACGUGGGUUUACCCCUCAACGCACGCUUCGAGCAGUACCGCAAACUCGCGACGCUGGCAGACGAUACGCGCGGGAAUUCAGGCGCGCCGAAGCGGUAUAUUAUCAGAGAUAGCGGGCUGCUCGUGUGGGAGUUUAUCAGAAGCAAGGCCUUCAUUGACCAGGGUGCCAUGGUGGCCCAUCAACAGCAGCAGUUGGUCCAGCAGCAGGUCCGUCCGAUGGUGCCGCUCUCGCAACAUGCUCCGCCCCAGCCUCCGAACCAGCAUCCCAACGUCCCAUACCGGCCUUAUCCUCCUGCGCAACCGGGAGGACUGCCGUACCCCGCCCCCUUGCCAUACGUGCCGAAGUACAGGCCGCCGCCGGGUGCGAUUGAUCCCUUCCGUGGACGUCCGGUACAGCACCCUCCGCCGCAGUACCCCGUGCAACACCAGAUGCACCCACAGCAAAUGCACCCGCAAGCGUACGGGUGGCCGCAGCACCAGGGCCAGGUCAUCCCGCAGCAGGUGCAACAGACACCCCUGCUGGCACAGCGCCCGUUACCGCCGUCUGUGCCACACCAGCAACCGCCACCUCAGCAUCAGCAGGCGAUUCCUCCGUCAGUACACCAGCCGCAGCCGCAAGCACAGAGACCGCCACCACCAGCCGAACGUCCCUCGGUGAACGGCCAGCCCCGGCCAACGAUCUCCACAGCUCCUGCCCCACCUCCCGCGACGCGCACCCCACAACAGGCCAGUCGCAACAGCACGCCAAUCUCCGUGGCCGACAGCACGCCCUGCCCAAGCAGCGCGAGUUCGCGGAAACAGCGCAUAUCGCUGUCUGACACAUCUCGACCCAGUGGCGCUCAGCCGUCGACGACGCCGAACGCGCUGCAACUCGGUGAUUCGUCACGGUUCCAGCCCAAUGCUGUUGAUGGCGCGACGGACGCGGUGGAUGCGGACGACGCGGUGUGUUUCUGGUGCGGGGGCCAGCACCCGCUUGACGAGUGCCCUGGCCUGCUGUCAAAGGAGCAGCUGAACGAGAUGGCGAAGGAGAUCGAGGCGAUGGAGCCGAGCGAGGACAAGGACGUAGGCCUCACUGCCAUCACGAAGAUGCGCGAAGCGCACGCGCGGAAAGAUCGGAAACGCAAGCGCCUGCUCGAGGAGGAGAACGAAGCCAAGCGGGCACGACAGCGCUACUCCGGCGCGAGUGGGUGUGCCAUCUGUCGCCAAAACGUGGAGCAUUCAGCAGCGCACUGCCCCGUCGUGCGCGCUGGGCCCGACUCGAUCCGCGAGGCGCUGAAGCGUUUCCCCCCCAACGACCGAUUCCACGAAAUCUUAACCCGUCUCCUGCACGCGCAAGAGACGGGCGUGGAUCCGAGCAAGGUGCAGAGCUGCGUGUUCUGCGACAAAGUCUGCGGCCUGACUGUGCGCGAGUGUGCGGAGAAGAAUGGCUCGAGAAAGCUGCUGAAGCACAAGAUUCGCACGCUCGAGGCGACAUCUGAGAAACUGGGCAGGGAGGAAGCGGAACUGGCCAAGGAGAAGAAAAGACUGGCGCAGGAUACGUCCCACGCCGCGCAGGGCGAACUCGCCGGCGUCGCGCGCAAACUGAGCGAACUGACGACCAAGACGGAGGGCGCGAAACUCAAGUUGGAUAAGCUGUACAAGGCGUACAUCGAGUGGCCGAAAGAGUAG